GGACGGAAAAAGGACGCAGCUCUCCCAACGAUCCAGAGCCCCUCCUAGGUAGGUACCGAGAGCAAACACCAGAAAGCUCCGGCCGCGACCCUGCGCUGCCCGCGACGACCAGUAACCCGUCCCCUGGUCGCACGUCUCCCCCCCCCCCCGCGUCCUGGCGCGGUGGUAGGGCCCGGCGGCGACGUCACCCAUUGUUUACAAAUCAACCCGAGCCGGUAGGAUUCCGGCUCCCGCGGCUGCAGGCGCGCGGCGCGAGUGCCUGGCGGCUUCCCGCUUCCGUGUCCGCCCCGGCCCCGGCCCCGGGCCCGGGCCCCGCUCCCGCUUCGGCCUCAGCACCGCUCCCCGCUCCGCCGCGGCCCAUCGAGCCCGGCGGGCCGCCGAGCCGCCAGAGCCGGCCGCCGAGCUCCGUGUGCCCGGGCGGGGGGCCAUGCCGUGUCGGAGGGAGGAGGAAGAGGAAGCCGGCGAGGAAGCGGAGGGGGAGGCGGAGGAGGAGGAGGAGGAGGACAGCUUCCUCCUGCUGGAGCAGUCGGUGACGCUGGGCGGCUCGGGCGAGGUGGACCUGCUGGUGGCCCAGAUCGGCGAGGCGCUGCAGCUGGACGCGGCUCAGGACAGCCCGGCCUCCCCGUGCGCGCCCCCGGGGCCGCCGCUGCAGCCCCCGCGGCCCCCGGCGGCCGUGCGGGCGGACAAGGCCCGGCCCCCUGCGCUGCCACUGCUUCUGCCGCCCGCGCCGGCCGAGGCGGUGGGCCCGGCGCCCCCGGGGGCCCUGCGCUGCGCCCUCGGGGACCGCGGCCGCGUGCGGGGCCGGGCUGCGCCCUACUUCGUGGCCGAGCUCGCCGCAGGCCCCAGCGCUCUGCCUGGGCCGUGCCGGCGAGGUUGGCUGCGGGGCGCCACCGCCUCCCGCCGCCUGCAGCAGCGACGAUGGCCCCCAACUGGGACGCGCGCCCGCGAAGACGACCCGCACCGGCUCCUGCAGCAGCUGGUGCUCUCGGGGAACCUCAUCAAGGAGGCCGUGCGAAGACUUCAGCGAGCCGUCGCUGCCGUUGCAGCCACGAGCCCAGUGGGCGCCGCUGGGCCGGGAGGCGGCCGCAGCGGACCGGACCCUGUCUCCCUGCAGCCUUCUGGCGCUUUGCACUGACCCGGGGGCCCCUGGAGGAGGAAGAGGACACCGCUUCGCAGACCCAACAGCGUCCUACCCUCACCGACCGAGAGCUGAAGCCGCCGUUGCGGUCCUGGGAGCGACCGCCCAGGCUGCGGAGAGACGCGUGGGGAGAGACCUCAAGGCGAGAAAGAAGUUACCGGCCCCAGCGAGGCUGUCGGAGAACAGGAGCCUGGAGAAAUGCACGGGCCAGGGCGCAUAGGUGCCGCGUGAGAGUUUUCUCUGCCACCUCGGGGCCAAUGACCUGGGAUAAAACUGGGAGAACUAUGGCAGCUACUGGCAUCGACUUGUACCUGACUUAAGCCUUGGGGGCGUCAUGUGCUUCGAUUGUUUAAAGACAGGGUUCUGAGGGGCGGGUAUCGCCUGGGCUUUAUUAACAAUACUUGAAAACUAAUGACACGCAAACAUUUUAUUUUCUGGUGGAAGAGCUUAGUGGAAAUGGUGCUACAAUUGCUGUGCAAAGAAAUUCCAGAGGGAAGAAGAAUGUAAAAGCUUGGUGGUGGUUGGGUUGCCAUCACCCCCUUUUCCCCACCCAACUGGUGUUUGGUGGAGGUGGGAGAUGUGAACUCCAGUUAGGGGGUUAGAGGGAGCUGAAGAAUUUUGAAGGUGGCGCCAGUUGGAGUUGAAUGUGGACUUUUAACUGACUUGACCUUGCCACCUGUGGUUCAAGGUCACAGUUUGCUCUCUGGCAGAAGGCUGUGGGGUUCCUGGGAGAACUAAAUUCAUCCCUGGGUCUUUUCUUUCUCUUGCCCCAAGAAGAGCCCUGUCUGUGCUUUGCUACCUUUUGGAGUCUCCCGAGGACACACAGAAGCAGAGAGGGACCUGUGGGGAGAGUUAUUUUUCUGUGCUUUCCUCUUUCCAGAACUCCUCCUCCUCUUUCCCUGAGGCCACUCUUGGCCUAGCCUUGAGCUUUCUCAGAAAGUCAUAAACAGUCUCCCCUGUCCUCCCAGCCAGACUUUGUUAUUUCACCCUUUCUGGUGUCUGCAUGGGAUAGAUGAGACCCUGGAUGUUUUUCUGCUAUGUUCUGGCCGUCUGUGGGGCCAUGGGCCUGAGCCUUUGUGGGUCCUCAUCCCUCACAGCCUUCUUCUGUCACUAGCUCUUCUUGUGAGCGACUGAAACCGUGUUUAAAAUGUGACUCUCCGAGAGGAGAACCCGCCGGCUUUACCCUUGUGAAACUUGACGGCACUUUAAGGAAAGUGCCACCCCCAAACUUUAAGGUAGCUAAACAUUUUAAAAACAGUUUCAAUGGCUCGUUCAUCCUCCAGAUGUAGCUGUUGACGUACACUUCGCACCGGAGUGUCUGAAAUUGUGGUGGUCCUGAUUUAUAGGAUUUCUUAAUUAAAAUGUCUGCUGAAUAAAUUUGGUUUUUGUUUUGGA